GGGGAAGAGAAAGAACAAGGGAGGGAUUAGUUUAGUCACACAUCUUAUAUAUAGGCCUCAUUUUGGAGGCGUGUGAAGGAUUCUAGGUUGGGGUGCAUGAGGCAGUGGCGCAGCGUCAGUCAAGCUCAGACUGAAGGUUGAAGGAAAGUGAAACAGCACGAGCAAAGCAAGCACAGGAUCUUGGCUUGAUGCGAUGGUUUCAAGAUAAUUUUUUUUUUUUUUUACUGCAACAAGUUUGCUGAAGAAGGAAAUCAUAAAUCAGAGACAUGAUUUGGAUUUAUAUCUCGAUCUUCAUCUUCUUCUUCACUGAAUCAUGGAGCUCGGCUCAAGGAAAUACUAACUCAAAUACCUCUGUGAUCUCAAACUCAACUGCUUCACCUCCGAAGGUUUAUGUCAACAGAAAGGCAGUUUACAAUCUUGGGAGCACUGUGGAACUGCAGUGCAGUAAUAGGACGUGGAUAAAGACAAUGUUUGUUAUCUGGGACAUUGAACUGAACCACAAAAAGUGCAAGAUUUCCUUUAGUAAUGAAGGCGAAAGCUUUGACUCCUGCAACGAUGGAAAGUCUAUCCGAAACAAUUCAAUUGGUCAGUCAUUCCUGCACAUCCCAAACUUUUCAGCCAGUGAUGUUGGGGCUUACAAGUGUGAAUUAGUUUACACCGGAGGAAAUGACAAUUUUAUCACUGAAGUGGAUGUCACAGCUCCUCCUGAAUUAUCUGCCUGGUUAGAACGUCGGAACAACAAGAUGGUGGCAGUGUGCAGAGCAGAAAGAGGGAAACCUGCUGCUAACAUCAGCUGGAGUCUUGCAGGAAAUGAGUCUGUGACACAGCAGCAGGACCCAGAUGGAUCAGUAACAGUGGAGAGUCAGCUGGAGAACCCUGAACUCAUGGAUCCAGAAAACCUGACCUGCAUUGUCCGGCACAAGUUUUGGGACCAGGAGAAGACUUUGGUACCAAAACUCAGAGAAGCUCCUCCUAUGCUUUGGAUCCUCAUCCCUGUUAUUGGGAUAAUCUUUCUCCUUUUGACAGGUUUCGCUGUCAUUGCACUAAAAAAAGUAAUAAUUCACAGACAAUGUGAAGAGGCAGACACACCAUCUAAAUCACCCCCGACAGAGGACGUGGAGGAAGUCGAGCCUUAUGCUAGCUACGUUCAACGUGUGAACUCUAUAUACAACUAAUCUGGAGAUGUGUUUGCAUGAGACUCCUGUAUAUGCAACAAGGUCGCACACUGAAAUGCACAUCAUGGGACUUGAUGCGAGAAAGUGAGGGCUGUGAAACUGAGAAAUGGUGAAAUAGUAAGAAGAAGAAGUCAGCAGAGUGAAAUAAAAGGUUUCCGGUAAGAGAGGGAAGCCUCUCGCUUCAAAGCCGUCCCAACAAGCAGCUCAGACUGAUGGAACAGGGGAUGUACCUGGUGUCAGAAAUAGGCUCUCAUUCACCAUGUGUGCUGCCCACUGCUCUCUGUGAGUAGGUAUCAUGGGGAACUUUAAUAAUUGCUGCAGAUGCAAUGAACCGAUGAGCUGGAAAGAAUGGCUAUGCAAGCCAGAUGGAGGAUACAUUGACUACUAAUGACUAUGGAUGUUGACUGUAAUUAUGUAAAAUAAUGAAAUAAUUUAUCAGCU